AUGGGAGAUUGCGUUGGACGUGCGGGGAACCACAACAACACCAGUAGUAACAGCGUAUCGCCUUUGAUCGUACUGCCGAACGGUGUGAUUCUAAACCGGCGCCCCAAGUCCGAUGCACCGGCCGCACUGAACGAGUGUCUGCUGUGUUGGAACCAACCGCAAGAUCCGAGCCGCUGCCCAAACUGCGCCCGCCAGUACUGUCUACAGUGCAUCACCAAGUGGUUCGGGACGAAGCGGGCCCAGACGCCCGGCGCUAUCGAGUGUCCCAACUGCCACUCCAAGCUGCCACUCGAGAACCUCGUUCAGUGUGCGGCUGAGGUGAAUGAUACGCUGGCAACUGCAUGCGAACCUGUGCACCUUACCAACGGUGCCAGAGACGUCUGCAAUGGGUCGCUUAAGCUGAGCAACGGUACGGCCCCACCGUCCGUCGAGAAGGGCACUAUUCGCGUCGUGGUGAAGGUGUUGGAGAGCGAUGCCAAUGCGUCACCAAAAGACGGACACGCAUCGCCUCCAACGAGGAACCGAGCGGACACAUCGAACGGCUCCCAGACCAUCCUUACGAACGGUUCCAGCUCGGAGAAGAUGCAUCCGCCGGUGACGAAUGGUAAGCAGCAGCAUGGCAAACGAAAAGAUAACACACCGUUAAAAUCGCAACCGGAUCCGUCACUCGCGAACGGUGCCGGUACGGCAUUGGACGCGGUCGAAAAGAGGGCAUGUUCAGCACCAUUGGAAAACGGGCGAAAUAAACCAAAAUCGCCACCGAUCAUCUGCAACGGUGUGCAUCCCGAAACGCUGUCAAAGAAUGCCGAUCGAAAGAGCAACCACAGCAACGGAAGACCCACGGUAACAUUCGAGGAACCGAAAACGACACGCAGGAACGGUUAUCGGCACAAACAUGCGGCCGAUGGCGAAAAAUUCCUAACCGUGGAAAAGCAACCGUCGCCUCCGCUGGAAGUCUCCCGGGAGUCGGGUGACGUGACGGCCGAUUCGACUCCACCCAAUGCGCCGGAAAAGGUUCCGGUCGAAGAGGACAACGGGCAGAACGGCGAAAACCUCUGUCCCACACACGCCCUACCUAUGAUAUUUUUCUGCCUGUCAUGCAAUGGGUGUAUCUGUGAGACGUGUGCUCUGCACGACGAUACGCACGCCGAGCACACGUUCAAGAAGAUCACCACCAUGUACGACAGCAAGGUGGAGAAGAUCCGGCACGAGUUCGGAGGCAUCAAGGAGUAUCUGGCAGAUGUGGGCACGGUGCUAAAAGCCAUCGAGCAGAACAUUGACUGGGUUCGGGCGUCCAAGGCGCGCAAGCUUCAGGAACUCAGCCAGCUGCUGCACACGGAAGCCGAAAACAUUGAACGGCAGAUCCAGGCGAAGCUAACGCUGCUCCAACGCCAGAAGGACUCGGUGAGCGCGGAGAUUGCUCGUGUUACCAGCGCCUAUCGGCGGCUGGAGAGCGAACUGAAAGUCUGCUCUAAGCCGGAACUGCUGUUCAAGGACGAUGACUUCCUGCAGCGGUGCAGUCGGUUGGUCGAGUCACCGGCAUCCAAAGCCUUCCGCCAUGAGCACGUCCCGGUGGAUCUGGAUUGUGAGUUUGUGCCCGAGUUCCGGUCGGAAGUGUUCGUCAUCAAGAACUAUCACGCCAUCGAACCGAUGGAGGAGUGCCGAACGUCGGACGUGUUGCGCGAUGUCGUUGGAUUCGGGUGGCGUCUGCACAUAUGGAAGAGCGACCAUCUCUCGGUGACGCUGAUCAUGACGGACGGUGUUAUUGGAAGAUACGAAUACUGUAUCGAGCUGAUGCACGAGGAUCCGGCCAAAGCGUUUAGAUUGACACAGAUCGAUCAUUUCGAGCUGCACCAGACAGGACCGGUGCACGAUCUGAUCGAGAACGAGCAGCUCGAGGUGGAAGGUUUCCUCCGUCCGGAAGAUGACUCACUGCAGAUAAAGUUCUCCGUCCGUCCGCCUACGAUCGUCAUGGUGAGCCGAUACCAGCAGGAGUUUAUCGAUCGUUUCAUGAAGGAUAACAUCAACGAAUACGACAGCAAUGUGAUCACGAUCUGCAACAUUCGCGAUCCCACUACAUCGAUCGUACUGUCGAAACAGUACACCGAUACGGUUGGGUCCCGGUGGCGGCUGAACGUGUAUCCGAAGGGAAACAACACCAACCAACGAUAUCUGAGUACGUACGUAGAGCUGUGUGAUGGUAUCGCUGGAAGAUAUCAGUACACGGUGGAGCUGCUGCAUGACGAUGUGACGCGUCAGGUGAAGUUCCAAUCGGAGGAUCAUUUCAAGGUGGGCGAAAUACGCGGUUACCAGAAGUUUAUCCGCGUCCGAAGACUACUGGAGGAGGGCUAUCUGAACGAGGAAGGAUCCAUUCUAAUUCGUCUCUCGAUUCGUCCGGCCAAUCUCGCACUGCGUUGCCAGUAUCAGGAAGAGUACCAGACGCUGAAAGAGGAUAGAAUCCGUACCCAGUUCAAUACCCAGCUGAACCAGAACUUGAUGAGGAUAAAUAGUCUACGCGAUGACAAUGCAUCACUGCAAGCCCUAGUGUAUCCCGAGUAUGCUUCCAACAUCUUUGUGGUACGCAACUUCUCGGCAUUGCGAGAAGCGCAGGAAGACAUCUGUUCCGACAAUGCGUACGACGAUCUUGGGUGUUGCUGGCGGUUGAUUGUGUACGCCAACGGUGAUAAGGAGGGUCGUGAUGAAUGGCUAAGCGUGUACCUGAGACUGCUAGAAGGCAUUCCAGGAAGCUACGAGUACUGCGUGGAACUGUUGCACAACGAUGCGGCGAAAACGGUAAAAAUGGAAGGAACGCAAUCGUUCGACAUACAGGAACGAUUUGGCUGGACACGCUUCGCCCGACUGGACUGGAUCUGUGCGAAUGGGUUCGUUAGCGAGGAACAGAAUGCAUUGUACUUUCGAUUUUCUCUACGACCGCCCAACUAUAAGGCAAAGUGUGAGUACCAACAUCUUCUGCGCCUGGAAGCGAAGCGGGAGUGUGAGCUACUAAAACGUGAACUAAUACCAGCAUACAGUACGAUGACUUACAUGUUACGCAACUUUUCCGAGAUGCAGCGGAAGGAUAGCUUCGUUUACUCCGAUCCGUUAGUGGACGAUUUGGGAUUUUCCUGGAGAUUAUUGAUCUACGCAAAUGGACACAACGAAGCCCGCGGGAAUCAUCUGAGCAUGUAUCUGAUACUGUUCGAAGGUGUAUCGGCCAGCAGGUUCGAGUAUCGCGUGGAAUUGCUACAUCCUCUAAAUCCAACGGCAAACAUCAAGAUGGAGGGCGUCAACGUGUUCAAGCUGAAGAAGAUCUGGGGCUGGCCACAGUUUAUGGAUCACGAGCGGCUACAGGAGGAAGGCUAUCUGGACCAAGCGACGGACACGCUCGAGUUCCGCCUGUCGAUGUGUCCACCGGACAUUAAGCUGAAGUGCGAAUAUCAGCAGGAGUUUAUACGCAAGCUGAAAGAGAAUCAGAAAUAG